AUGCUGUUGUGUUGCUGCUGGCCAGUCCACAAAUGUGUCACGGUGCUCUCCUGCUUCGAUACUCUUAUUGUCGCCGUUUUUGCCUAUAAGUCGCUUAUUGUGCUCGAAAAUACCAUAUAUGAACCGCACUGGACUACGAUCGUCUCGUUUCUACUUUUUCUAUGUUUCUUUGUUUGCCAACUUAUGGCGACUACAUUCAUUAUUCUAGCAUACAAAAGAAACCUAGCACACUACUGCUAUCCACGACUUGUCCUUAUUAUUGGUCUUAUUGUUUGCUCUGCUAUUGCAUGUACUGUUACAAUAUUCUAUUUUGGUGGUCCACAAACAGCUAUGAACAAAUUUAUAUUUAGGAUGUACGAGUACUUCUUUGAAAGAAUUGACGAUCAAGAAAAAGCUGAGCUCAAAUCGGAACUAAAGCUCUAUGCUGGUGCAUCUCAAUCACUACUGAACCCUGUUUUCAGCAUCUUUGAACUCCUACUAACUCGGAAAUUCUACAAAUCACUGAAAGGCUUUGCACCCGUUCCUCAGGGCGAUCCCAGUGCACCACAACCGGCUUACAAUCCUGACUAUAUGCAAACACCAGGAAAAGUGUAUCCGAACUUUCUGUAA